AUCGAUUCUGCCGACACACCACUCAGGGUGUUGAUGUUCGGCGCAGUUCCAGACAGGAACAAAGGCCGACGGAGGAGCCGGAGCCGCACGAGCUGCACUGCGUCCACCGGCCGGGUCAGUGGACAGAGCGGGUGGUCCAACAGUGUGUGGACGGUACUGAGCUCUGUCCACCGGAGCCGACCACGGCGGAGGCGGCGAAUAUCAGAUGGAGAGGACAGAUAUGCGUGAAGACCUGGUCGCCCUUCGCCGGGAGGUGUCCGCCCUUCGUGAAGUGGUGGCUGCCCUUCGUGAAGAGAUGUCUGCCCUUCGGGAAGUGGUGGUCCCCCUUCGUGAAAAGGUGACCAUUCUGAGUGAGGUAGUGGCGAAGGACCAUUCGGACACGCAGAAGCUCAAGGGGGAGAACGCCGCACUGCACGGUGCGAUGGUCCGCCUGGAGCAGGCAGUUAUCGAGGAGCGGACCACUCGCCAGACCGUGGUGGAGGAUCUGCGGCAGGAGGUCCGCCGGCGAGCGGCGCCAUCCGGCCGUCCCCAGGGUAAAAUUACAAAAGCGUUUCAUGACGUCACGGUACAGACGGAGCCCCAACCAUCGGCAGUCAAUGACGUCACGGUACAGACGGAGCCCCAGCCAUCGGCAACUAGUGACGUCACAGUACAGACGGAGCCCCAGCCAUCGGCAGUCAGUGACGUCAUAGUACAGACGGAGCCCCAGUCAUCGGCAGUCAGUGACGUCAUAGUACAGACGGAGCCCCAGCCAUCGGCGGCUUGUGACGUCACGGUACAGACGGAGCCCCAGCCAUCGGUCGCCAGUGUAUUUAAAACGCUUAGAGAGGCGCUCGGCCUUGUAACCAUGACGACGUUCGACGCUCCGUCGGCCCUUGGCGAGGAUCAGCUGACGGCGCUCCUGCAGAGUCUUCCUCGCUUGGAGGAGCUGACCGUCAGGGUGCCGUCCUUCGGAACGGGGCGGUGGCUGCGGCUGCUGCCGACGUCACUGAGGACGCUAUACGUUGCCGGGCCGGAGGUGACGAAGCCGAGGUGGCCUGGACGGUACGGGAGUGGUCUGUCGGUAUCUCUCCAGGGGGUGGCUGCCGACACCAUCAGUCACCUGGCCACGGAGCUGGGGUCACGGAUUACCCUACUAGUCACGGAUGCACAAGUUACUACUAUUCCAAGUCAACUUCGUGGUGCCAUCAUCAGGGUGGGCCCAAACACUAUCAUCCUUCCGGCCGGAGUCGGUGACAGCGAGCUGACGGAGCUGCGGAGCUCACGGGAGACUGUGGAGCGGCUGUCAGUCUCCGCCGCCGAUCUCCCGCGACUGAGGGAGCAGCUGCCGGAGGGCCUCGAGCGCCUCAAUGUCAGAGGGCCGGAGGUGACGGAGCCGAGGUGGCCGCUAUGGAACCCGUUGGCUCGUGGUCUGUCAGUGUCGCUCCAGGGGGUGACUGCCGACACCAUCAGUCACCUGGCUGACCUGGGACGGACGGUCAAACUACUGUAUAUAUACGCCCCUCACCAGGUGCCCUAA